UCAAUCAGAUUGGCGCGCAGGCGCGGAGACGGCGAGGCCGGGAGUUGGUGAUUGAGGAAUAUGCUGUCCGGGAAACCGUCAGUCUUCCUUUUAAUGGUGAACGGGCAGAUCGAAAGUGCUGAUUUUCCAGAGUUUGAUGAGCUGUAUUGCAAAUACUCCUAUGUAUAUGGACAUGACUGGGCUCCAACAACAGGUCUAGAGGAAGGGAUAUCCCAGAUCACCUCUAAAAAUAGGGAUAGCAGUCAAUGCUUUGUGUGGAACUUUCCAAUGGAAAUCACAUUCAAGAGUACCAACCCAUUUGGCUGGCCACAGAUCGUUAUAAGUGUGUACGGUGCUGAUCUGUUUGGAAAUGAUGUCGUCCGUGGCUAUGGAGGUGUUCAUGUUCCCACAACUCCAGGAAGACAUAAAAGAACUAUUCCAAUGUUUGUCCCAGAGUCUUCAUCUAAGCUGCAAAAAUUUACAAGCUGGCUCACAGGAAGGCGCCCAGAAUUUACAGAUCCUAAAGUGGUUGCACAAGGAGAAGGAAGAGAAGUUACAAGGGUAUUGUCACAAGGCUACGUAACCAUCUCUUUCAACAUCGUCACCAAGGACUUGAAGAAGCUUGGAUACGAUUCAAUCCCUACUAAUCAAACAUCUGACAAUACAGGAUUCUAAAUGUGUCAGGAAACAAAUUUAAAUUAAUUGUCACUAUUCUGAAAUGUUUUUAAACUAUGCAUUUUCUAAAUAUGUUACUUGUCUAUAGUCCACUAUUUGCAAAAUAUCAGGAUUAAUAGUAUUUGCUGCGACACACAUUCUCUGAUCAGGAAAGCAUUAGUUAAAUAGUAUGGUCCAAGGCAAGUAACAGAUCCCAUGUGGAUCUGGUUGUAAUACUUUACCUGUGAUCUUCUGAAAUAAUGAAACAAUUGAUCAUCUGAAUAGAUGAGUAUAUUCACAACAAUUUUUCUACUAGCACUUGAUGUCCUUCAUAGAUGUGGGUACAGUCUAUAAUCAUUCUAUUGUUCUGUCCAACUGCAGUCAUGUUGUAUUUCAUUCUUUACUGAUUUGGGGAGAAGAAAAAAAUAAGAUUGUCCACUGACCAUCUCCAUUCUGCAUGUUGUCGUUAUCUGCAAAUGUUGACCUCAUUAUGAACACAUACUAGAAAAAUCUUCUCCAUGCCAUAAAGAUUUCAUCACAAUCCCUCAAUCUUUUCUCUGACUUUAGCUUUGGCUCAGUAGUAGCAUUCUUGCCAGAUGCCAUACCAACCAGGAGGUGACGAAACAUCCCAUUCCAUUUCAACAUUUUAAAGUGACAAAAAGGACUCCAAUGACUUGAAGCACAAAUGUCCAACAACACUUACCAAUCAAACUUUGUUUCUUGAUUUUUGUUUCUGGUAUUAAAAAAAUGCACUUGAUUGAGCAUUAAAAAGGUUAUCCAGUAAUUAUAGUGUUGCUUGGUGUAUAAGUUAAGCUCUUUUUGGAAAUAAAUACAACCACAGAA